CCAUAUGCAGGCAUUACCCAAAUAGAGGUUGUAAGAUACGACAAAGGAAAACAUGGGGGAGACCAUAAUCCUCUAUCCGUCGCCGUUGAGGGGUCACAUCGUCUCCAUGCUCGAGCUUGGACGGCUCAUUCUCAAACGCCACCCUCGCUUCUCCGUCAUCGUCAUCCUCUCCUCCGCUUCUGCCGCCGCCCCCACCCCGGUCGCCAACUCCUCUUCCAUCACUGUGCUCCACCUUCCACCAUCCGCCGCCGCCCCAGCCGAGGGCAAUCAAACGCCCUUCGAUUUGGCCCACCGCGACACCUCCAACCUCCGCCUCACCCUUGCUGCCAUCGCUGCUGCCGCGGACCUCCGAGCCCUUAUCAUCGAUGUCUUCUCAGAUGCCGCCUUCCCUGUGGCGGCCGCCCUUGGCAUCCCAACCUACUACUACUUCACCUCGGGUGCUGCUGCCCUCGCCGUCUUCCUCCACUUUCCAACCCUCCACGGGAGCACCACCAAGAGCUUCAAGGACCUUGGAGACGAGACCGUGAACAUUCCUGGGUUGCCUCCAAUCAAGGCCUCGGACAUGCCGGGGGGCAUGCAUGACCGAAGCUGGAGAAUGUACGGCUACUUCUUGGAUGCUUGCAGGAACAUGAUCUCGUCGUCUGGCAUCAUUGUUAACACGUGCGAGUCGCUUGAGAGUCGGAUCAUCAGAGUCAUCAAAGAAGGAUUGUGCGUGCCAGACAAGCCGACUCCGCCUAUUUUUUCCGUUGGGCCUUUGGUUGAGUCAAAGGUUGACGGUGACGAGGGCGGUGGCGACACAAGAGAAAGAAGGCACGAGUGCUUGAGUUGGCUCGACUCGCAACCGAGCCGAAGCGUCGUGUUCUUGUGUUUUGGCAGCCAGGGAAGGUUCUCCGCUGCGCAGCUGAAGGAGAUGGCCUCAGGUUUGGAGAGAAGCGGGGUGAGAUUCUUGUGGGUGGUGCGGCCUCCGCCGCAGGAUGCGUCCGCAAAAUCAACACCGGGGUCAAACGAUGGCGACGACACGAGCAUAGAGAAGUUCAUGCCGGAGGGAUUUCUGGAGAGGACAAGAGAGAGGGGGAUGGUGGUGAAGUCGUGGGCACCGCAGACACAGGUGCUGAGCCACGGCUCGGUGGGUGGGUUCGUCACUCAUUGCGGCUGGAACUCGAUCAUCGAAGCAGUGCACGCCGGCGUGCCCAUGGUGGCCUGGCCUCUCUAUGCGGAGCAGAAGGUGAACAGGGCGUUUCUCGUGGAGGACGCCGCUCUGGCGUUCCCACUGAGCAUGUCGAACGAGGACGGGUUCGUGAGUGCGGACGAGUUAGCCAAGCGGGUCACCGAGCUGAUGGUGGGCGCGGGAGAAGGAAAAGUGGUCAGAGAGCGGGUCUUGGCCACAAGAGACGGCGUGGUGGAGGCCUUGAGCGACGGCGGAUCCUCUCAGGUUUCAUUGGCCGCGGUGGCGGCGCUAUGGAAACGAGGCUGAGACCCUAGCGCACUCGCUGUCAAUCGAUUAGCUGACCUCAAUAGGGAGGUGUCACAACGACCAAAUUAGAGUACUAUGUCAUAAGGGUGAGCAUCCGUGGAGGAUUACCCAUGGACUUGGAUCAGCCUGAUUCGGCUAAUCUUGAUCCGGUUUUGAGGGGAAUUAGGGCAUUUCUUAAUCCUGGGACCCAUGGAUCAUAUACUGUACGCAUUGAUUCGCAGUUUUGAUAUUUUAGAACUGAUCCAACCUGGAUCAAUCCUAUAUA